CUCGCUGGAGGAGGAGGGUCAGAGCUCGGGGGCAGCCAAUCGCGCGCAACGCUGCUAGUUAUCAGAGCAGAAUGGGCUGUAGUUGAGUGGACUCGGAAAGCUGCAAAACACUGUGGAGUGCUGCCGUGUAAAUAAAAAGGGGGAAAAAGUUUCUCAAGUCGCCAUUGCACGACGUCGGGCCGCGCCGGGGCGGGGGUCUGCGCUCUUCCGAGCGGCCGCGCGCGGGACUCUGUGGUGCCGCCAGCCCCGGCCCCAUUGUUUGUGUUUUCUUCAAAAUAUGGCAAAGGUUCAGGUGAACAAUGUAGUGGUGCUGGAUAACCCGUCGCCUUUCUACAACCCGUUCCAGUUCGAGAUCACCUUCGAGUGCAUCGAGGACCUGUCUGAAGACUUGGAGUGGAAAAUUAUCUAUGUGGGCUCUGCAGAAAGUGAAGAAUACGAUCAAGUCUUAGACUCUGUUUUAGUGGGCCCCGUUCCUGCAGGAAGGCAUAUGUUUGUUUUCCAGGCUGAUGCACCGAAUCCAGGACUCAUUCCAGAUGCAGAUGCAGUGGGGGUAACAGUUGUGCUAAUUACUUGUACCUAUCGAGGUCAAGAAUUUAUUAGAGUUGGCUACUAUGUAAAUAAUGAAUAUACUGAAACAGAAUUAAGGGAAAAUCCACCAGUAAAACCAGAUUUUUCUAAGCUUCAAAGAAAUAUUUUGGCAUCUAAUCCCAGAGUCACAAGAUUCCACAUUAACUGGGAAGAUAACACAGAAAAACUGGAAGAUGCAGAGAGCAGUAACCCAAAUCUACAGUCACUUCUUUCAACAGAUGCAUUACCUUCAGCAUCAAAGGGAUGGUCCACGUCAGAAAACUCACUGAAUGUCAUGUUAGAAUCCCACAUGGACUGCAUGUGAUAACAUGCCAUCCCAUUAGUACAGAUUAAGCUAUUAAAAACAGAACUAUUUCCCUGAAGUUCCGUAAGUACAUAGUCAAGGUGAAAUGUGAAGAAUCUGUUUAAAAACAUCCUGUAGAAAGUUUAUAAGAAAACCAGUAUUUGAGCAAAUUGUGGAAUAUAAAUACAACUAUUUUUAAGUA